AUGCAACUUCAUUAAAUAAAUGUGUGUUAUCCUUAACUUGUGUUUUUCAUGGCUGAGAACUCAUUCGGUUCUGUUAUAUAUACACCUGAACUUGCAAGUUACACAAAUCAAAUUUAUGAUCCCUUCUCUUACCCAAUUACCAAAGCAUUUUCCUCUUCUUGUUUUACCAUGAAAAGCCUCUGUCUUGGCCCGUUUCUUGCAGCCAGCACCCCAAUUGGAAGCAGAGCUUUUGCAUACAAUUUGAACAGAAAGUGCUUUCGCAAGCAACUUCAGUUCCACUCCAGCUGUGUUGUUUUAUCUUCAUUCUCAUGUUCUGCAACCGUAUCCGUUGCUCCAGAAUUAGAAUUAGAAGAGAAGAAAACAUUUGAUGGGGAGAAGGCUGCUUUACUUGUUAGAGAGCUGAGAAAGAGCUUUGAUUCAGGCAGGACAAAGAGCUAUGAAUGGAGGAUUUCCCAGUUGGAGGGAAUAGCUAAGAUGCUAGAGGAGAAGGAGGAGGAAAUUAUUAAAGCUCUUGAUAAGGAUCUAUCCAAACCUGGAUUCGAAUCAUUUAUUACUGAGAUUUCCCAGGCAAAAUCCUCAUGUAGUGAAGCACUUGAAGAACUGAAACACUGGAUGAAGCCUGAAAAGGUGAAAACUUCAAUCACAACAUUUCCAUCAUCAGCCGAGAUUGUAUCAGAACCGCUAGGAGUUGUGUUGGUUGUCUCAACAUGGAACUUUCCUUUGUUGUUAUCAUUGGACCCUGUCAUUGGAGCCAUUUCAGCAGGUAAUGCAGUGGUCCUAAAACCAUCAGAAAUUGCUCCAGCAACGUCAUCAGUGCUUGCGGAUUUUCUCAAAAGUUAUCUUGACAACUCUGCCAUAAGAGUUGUAGAAGGAGCUAUUCCUGAAACAACUGCACUCCUGGAGCAGAAGUGGGAUAAGAUACUUUACACAGGCAGUGCUAGAGUAGGUCGCAUUGUCAUGGCUGCUGCAGCAAAGCAUCUUACGCCAGUGGUUCUGGAACUUGGAGGAAAGUGCCCAGCUGUUGUUGAUUCAGAUGUCAACUUACAAGUUACUGCUAGGAGGAUAAUAGCUGGAAAAUGGGCAUGCAAUAGUGGACAAGCAUGCAUUUCUGUUGAUUAUAUCAUCACCAAAAAAGAAUUUGCUCCUGCGCUGAUAAAUGCUUUAAAAGAAGAAUUGGAGCAAUGUUUUGGGAAAGAUCCGAUUGAAUCAAAAGACAUGUCACGUAUUGUGUCUCCAGCUCAAUUUACACGACUUGCGAAGCUCUUGGAUGAGGUAUCUGACAAAAUUGCUCUAGGAGGUCAGAGUGAUGAGAAGAAAUUAAAGAUUGCUCCAACUAUCGUAUUGGAUGUUCCACAAGAAGCUAUGAUAAUGCAAGAGGAGAUAUUUGGGCCAAUAAUGCCGAUCAUCACUGUGGACAAGAUAGAAGAUUGCUUCAGUAUAAUCAAAUCAAAGCCAAAGCCUCUCGCUGCAUAUCUCUUCACAAACAAUGAACAGCUGAAGAAGGACUAUGUUGAAAAGAUAUCUUCUGGAGGGAUGCUCAUCAAUGACACUAUUAUGCAUGUUGCAACUCGUGGAUUGCCUUUUGGAGGAGUUGAAGAGAGUGGAAUGGGUUCUUACCAUGGAAAAUUCUCUUUUGAUAGUUUCAGCCAUAAAAAGUCAGUUCUUUAUAGAAGUUUUGAUGCAGAUUCAUCCCUUAGGUACCCUCCAUAUACACCUCAGAAGCAAAAAUUGUUGAAGGCCAUUAUCAGUCGCGACAUUUUUGCCAUCUUUCUUGCUUUGUUUGGAAGCUCUAAAGAAUGAAUGAUGCGUAAGGGACAUGUUAUAUGUUCUUGUUCUCCCCUGUCUAUAAAUGUUCUGUUCAUUUUUAGAUAUGUAUUGACGUGCUAUUUAAAAAAAUGUUCACAAAUAAGGAAAUAUUUAAACUUUGUCCUAGGCCAGUAACAUUAAUAAUACUGAUGCUCCUCUUCCUUAUAAAUCUCCUCAAGUCUAUGAGCAAAUCCUAUGCCACUUAUAUAUUUAUGUCAAUUUUGUAUUUCUUACACAUUGUGUGUGUGUAUAUUCAAAAGUUUUAGUUAUAUCUAUACCUCUUUAUAUUGUCACU